CUGUGAGUCUCUUGUUGAGUCAUUGCAUGUUACAAGUGCUUUAGGUACGGUCGUCUUGUCUCGUCAUGCCACGCCAAAGUGAUUCAUAGUAUAUGUUGUUGUUAAAUCAGGUCCCUGCCCCUUCUCGUCUUUGUUUUAUGGAGCGAUUUGGAGUUUAGUUUUGUUGAAUCUUGACUAUUAAAGUUCUUUUUAUUUGCUCGACUCCGCACCUGAGUCCUCCCUCCUUGCCCUCGUACCCCCACGUACUGACACUUGUUGAGGUAAUGCUAUCGUUGAGACACGCAUUAACUAUUAUUAUGAGAAAUGAGUAGCCAGUAAAGCUGCCUUCACCGUUCUGUUUCUAAAUAGAGUUUUGGUACAAACAACCACCGUUGAACAAUUUGAUGUAAGGUUUGGUCAACGAAGAAACUACGUCGUCAGCGUUUGGCCGUCAGGUUGGUGUGUAGAAACCCGCCAGUAACUGGUAGAGGACACAUUGCGUCUCUGUCUCCGUUCCGCUCCUCAUCUCUCUGUCUCCGGCUUUCCACUUUUCAUAUGUAGGCCAUGUUUGGAAGGUAACCCCUCUGAGACAUCACUGCAGUUCUCUGGUACGGUGCUUUGUCCUUGCCAACGCUGCUUCUUCUCUUCGCUCAACCAAAGCUGUCUCGGGCUCAACUGCUCCACGCAGGAAGUGGCUGAGCCGCGCGCUGGUGUUACCUCGCGCAGAAGAGGAGGUGAGCGGCAGAGCCGCGGAGCCGCAGCGCGGGAUGGAGGAUGCUUCCUAAGGAGGACUGAGCAGCCCAGCGGACACUUCUCCAUCUUCUGAUGCGUCCUGUGUGAUGGCUCAUGUGUCCUCGGCCCACGUGGGACUUUUCUUCGUCCUCGUGGUGACAUCAUCUUUGGCAAGCACAGGUCUCUCAUCUAGCAAGGAUGUGAGCCCCAGUAAGGCGGUGGAGCUGCUCCGGGCCGGCGGCAUGGAUGGAGCUCCGCCCUGCUCCACCUGCGACCUACAGGCCGGGAGGAGGCGCUCCAAGAGGUGCACGUGUUACACUUACAAGGACAAGGAGUGUGUGUACUACUGCCACCUGGACAUCAUCUGGAUCAACACGCCAGAGCACACUGUCCCGUAUGGAAUGUCAGGUGACCUGGGUUCAGUGCGCGUGAGGCGUUCCACUGAGGCGGAGCGACGGAGGGGGCAGGUGAGCGCGCGCUGUGCAUGCACACGGCGGAGCGACACUCACUGCAGCAGCUUCUGCAUGGACAGGCCAAAGAGGCCGACCCCACCAGCGGCAGAAUCAAACAAGACUUCGGCCUCUCUGCGGAGUCUCCCUGAAAUGGACACAUAAGUGACAUGCUCAUGACUUGAGUGUCAUGUGCACAAGCCGCCCCUUAUUACUCCUCGUCAGACUGACGGAUACAUAAGCGCCGUGCUGCUUGCACAGAGACAGAAAACAAAGGUCGCCAGCCCUCUGCCUCCACCUGUGUCUGCUCGGCAGGUGUGUUUUUCAUUAUUCUGUCCCAGCUGAGGAAUGGCUCACAUGGCACGCUUGGCUCAACCAUGACUGACUGCCGGAGCUCCCGCGUGUCCAGGCUGGAUGACGUGGAGGGCGCUGCCAUGCGAUCCCACCCCCUCAACCUGUAAAACCUUACAUGCUCCACAAAUUCCCCGUUUGUCGAAUUUACUGAAACGUCCAAUCUAUUAUCCUUUUUAUUGGGUUCUUCAAUUGAUUUCAACAGUAUCUCUUGACAGCCCCCUCUGUUAUCCCUCCACUCGUGAGAUUUAUUAGAGGGAAAGGGACUUUUAUUCAGCUGUAUCCAAGUCAUGUGAAUAGGAAAUAUGUUUCAAUAUAUAGGCUCUAAAUUAUAUUUUCGUACAAUAAAGAUGAAGAUGUCAUACACAGAAUUAUAUAUAUAAUCAUGCUAAUCAACACUUUCACCUUAUUUAUCGUCUGUUUAUUAUGUUGGAAACUCUAACUUCUUACCCAAUAAACCAACCAUCUGCGCACUAAUGGCCUUUAUACACUUGGGGUUCAGCUGUGAAUAUUAUUUAACUAAAGUUUUUCUUAUUGAAAGGUACGAUCUGGUGCGCUGUGCCUGGGAAAUAUUGUUUGCCUACAUAAAAUAUGAAUUGGAAGCAAUUGUACAGUUCAAAUUAAUGAAAAGAACUAAAAUACCACGUUAAUUAAUCUUCAGGCUGCUGUCUGUUCAGAUCACAGCUGCUGCUGGUGGAGUUCUACACUCCAAUCUGCCAAAAAUCACCACGCUUUUUAAAGAAAAGACUUGGUAAUCGGGCUUUGUUUCCGCUCUGAGUCAAAUCGCUCUCAGCCUCGAGGCAUUCAUGUCACUCGUGCACAAAGGCAAGAUGGCUAAAGUAGAUAAUGAUGAGUGCUGAAAGAAUCCCAAAAUGCGCUUCAGGCUGCCCAACCUCCCUGUGUCGGAUCAAGGCCUGGAGAUGUUAAGUGGGACAGAUAGAACAAAUACAGAAGCAGUGGUUCGGUGUCUGAUGAGCGAAGCAUCAUUGAGUUUCAGCCCGACAAAAGAAACAAAGAGAUUUCUUGCUUCAUGUGUGACAUGCUCUGAUGCACAUCCUUUAUUUCAAGAUGGACGGGAGCUGGUGUUAAUAUUGACUAUAGUAUUGUUAAUAUUGAAUAUUUUUACAAAUGUAUUGUAUAAAAAUCUAUAUUUAAUUUGUUGAAAACCCUUUUUAUGCCUUUGUUUACUAUUUUGGGGGGUGUGGUCAGGCUCACACCUGGGGUUGAAAUGAAAUUUAAAAUGAAAUUGUCCCCUUCUUAACAUACUGAACCUGGAAAAAUAAUACCUAUUCAAACACGUUUGAUUUGUUAAAUCAGAAGCGACGUUGACACUCUCGCUGAGUUGAAAUAAUGACAAACUGACAACCUGUCCAGAAUGUUAUUGUGCUUUUUGUAAUACUACGUAAGCGGGAGAACACUAAUGAUCUGUGGUUUAUAUAUUGUUGCAGCUCAUGGGGUUACAAGAUCAAACUAUUGACACUAUAGAAAAGAUGAAUGCUUUGAGUAUUUUGGUGACUCCUUGGACAUUUAAGUCACACAUUGUGUAUUAAAAACUGUCAUGAGGAAGCAUUGCAUUAAUACAUAAUAACUUUUAUUCAAAUAGCUUACAGUCAUUAUGGCAUUCUGAGUGAUGUUCAAAAUAUGACCCUGAUUCUCUUCGUUUUCAGGGGCAAAUACAGUUCGUAAUUGCAGUAACUUGUUUCAAGUGAUCAUGUAUCAAACAAUUAUGCAGAUAAGAUGCACUGAUGAUUCAGCAGCCUGCCGACUCUGAAGGAGAUACAGGGCUUCAGGAUAUCUGCUCCAUCACAGCCCCGCUGGGUGUGUGUGACUUAAGCUGUAGACAAGCUCAGUAUCUGGAUACAUUAUAACUGGUCCAAAACGUGUUCUUAAACGAAUAAAAAUACUUUGAUCAUC